CCUUUUGCAGGUGGACCAGGCACAAAAAUGGGCCAUUACGCCAGCGCAUGGAAUCGUUUUUGGCAGCGGUUGCCACACCAUGGCGCAUGGUAUCGCGGAAAUGUGGCGGCCCUUUAUAACCCCGAUCCAAUGGCAGUACAAGACAGUUCCGACAGCAUUGUCAAGCACAAAGCACCAUUGAAAAACUGCACGCUAUCCACCAAGCACAUCUAGUCAUGGCCCUGAUCAAGAUCACCCUCAUCUGCUGCGCUCUGAUCGCCGCUAUCGAGUGCGCCCUGUUGCCAGCCGCUGUUCCAGUGGGCGUGCCCCUCAACACGGAGGUGGAUCCGCAUCCGCAGUACGCCUUCGCCUACAAUGUCCAGGAUGCGCUCACCGGUGACAGCAAGAGCCAGCAGGAGGUGCGGGAUGGCGAUGUGGUCAAGGGCUCCUACUCGGUGGUGGAUGCCGAUGGAUCCCUGCGCACCGUCUUCUACACCGCCGAUCCCAUCAACGGCUUCAAUGCGGUGGUGCAGCGAGGACCAGUUCCGGUGGCUGCUCGCCCUUUGGUGGCUCCAGUGGCUGCUCCACUCUUGGGCUAG